AUGGCGGAUGUCGUUUAUGCUGUGAUGGAUUCCGAGGUCUCCGUGGAAGAGGAGGUGGAAGGUGGAGGAGUCAGGGGGGAGGACCAGAGCAAGGCCGAAGCUGUUGUUCGUGCUGAGAUGAAUCCCGAGGUGGAAGUUGGAGGGAGUGAUGGGAAGGAGGAGAGCAAGGACGCGGCGUCUGUUGACGCGGAGAGGAAUUCUGAGGCCUCGGUGCAAGAGGAAAAGGAAGAUGGAGGAAGCAAGGGAGAGGUGGAGAGUAGCGAGGACGAGGAGGAAGAUGGGGAAUCGAGUGAGGCUUCUUCGAGUAGUGAGGAGGAGGAGGGGUCAAGUGAGGCCUCGUCGAGCAGUGAUGAGGAAGAGCAGAUAGCCAAGAAGCAUGGCGGCGUUGGUGACAUGGCGGCCCUCAUCCAAGAGGGUGAACUGAUGGUUGGGAUCAAUGAUGAUGACGAUGAGGAGGAGGACGAAACAUUGACGAGCCAUACCAACUCCAAACAUGAAGUAGAGGUCCUUCCUCCGGUGCCAAAGAUCGAAAUCCAGCUGGAACCACAUCAUAAGGCACUCCCAGUGGGAACAAUUUCAUCUAUCAUGGGUGAAAGAGUGAUUGUUGAAGGGUCCGUGCAACACAAUCCCCUGAAUGAGGGUUCCAUACUCUGGAUAACGGAAAGCAGGAAACCACUUGGUAUUGUUGAGGAGUUAUUUGGUCCAGUAAAAAACCCAUAUUAUCUCGUCCGGUAUAACUCGGUGGAAGAAGUUCCCGCUGGGAUCAGUGCAGGAACUGCGGUCUCAUUUGUUACAGAGUUUGCAGAUCAUAUCUUGAAUGUAAAGGAGCUGUACACUAAAGGCUACGAUGAAUCAGGAGAUCAUGUUGAGGAUGAAACAGAUGAUCCUGAAUUCUCUGAUGACGAGAAGGAGGCCGAGUACAAAAGAUCAUUACGGAUGGCAAAAAGGCAGACUGAUAGGCAAUUUGAGUCCAAGAAACGUUCUGGUAAUAAGAGGAAGCAGCCUAGGGAUGCUGGAUUCCAUAAGGAUAUGCCACCUAGGAUCCACAAUUUACAGACACCAGGUCAUCAAUCGAAGCAUCGUUUUCAGCGCUCAGACUUGGCUGCUUCUGCUAACAACUCAGCAAGUUUGUUAGGUCCUCGAAACAUUUCUACAAGUCUACCAAUAAUGGCGCCAUCAGUCUCAGUGAAUCCUGCUAUGGCAUCAGCUGUUCAGUUUGCAGACCAGAAAGGUGGUGGCUUCCCUAAUCCAUCACAGCAGUUCUUACCGCAGCAGCCAAAUUUGAAUUGGCCUGGUGGGUUUCCGUCUCCCUUGUACCCGGACAUGGGGAUUAAUGGAGCUGCUUUUGCAGCUAAUAUUAUGCAGAACAUACUCAGCGCAGCCAAUCAAUACCAGCAAAAUUAUCAGAAUCAGAGUUUUGGUGGUUUCCCGAAUGGAAUGCCCAUGGCCCCAACACAGUUUAUGCCGCAGAGCAGAAUGCCUGCAAAUCCAAUGCCGUUUGGUGGACCGCCAGUAAAUCCUCCAUUUGGUCCAGCAUCUGAAUUUGGUAUGGGGCAAGCGAACCCUUAUAAUGUUCAGCACUUGGCCGGCAACCAGGGGCAGAUGCCUCCUGGGUUGCCCAACACACAAGGAUAUGGGAGUCUGCCACUAUCGCAUGGAGAUGGAGGUCAGUACCCUAUGCAAUUCAGUUCUGGGCAGUUUAAUCAUGGUAACCCGCAAAACCAAGGAGGCCGGCAUUCCCUGGGGAGAGGUGGUGGGGGGAAUCACAAAUAG